AAACUGAUUAAGUUAGUCGCCAGAACAGCAACAGUAAAGCAGUUUGAACGGAAUGUGUAAGCAAGUUUAGGAGAUUAUUAUUCACUUUUUUGGGAGGAAGAGAGGAGAACUUGACCAGGUCAUCGACGUCAAAGAGUGUAAUGUUCUUAGUCGAGCAAUACAAGGAAAAACGUAGGGAGUAACUUGGAAGGUGAUUUUUGCCGCUCGGUUAUAUCAUCUCACACCUGCUUAGUUAAGACGCCAAAAAAUGAAAGGAAAAUCUUCGCUUGUGCCUUCAUCGUAGUACUGCAACGACAGACCGAAGAGUUGAUGUGAUGAUUUCUUACUAACGAGCGUGAGGACAGUUAACUUGGGAAUGUUAGCACGAGGUCGAGGCAAUAUGGGACGAGUGCAUCAGGGUCCAUGCUAAACGAGAUUGAGGGGCUGAUGUUCCAUACAAGGUUCACAAAAGCCCAUGUAUAUAACAGUAAAUGGUGGCGAAUGCACUUCCGGACACUUGAAGUCGAGGGGCUUCCGUAAUGACGUAUUUUUUAUGACGCACGCAAUCAGGAGAAAUCGGACUAGUACCGCUUGUCUGUGAUCAGAUUUACAUAGGGUUAUUUCAUGUGGAGUGUGAGCAAGCCUUAAAGAACUAUUAAGGACGUUCGAAAUGAAAUUUGUCGAAAGACCCAAUGACCGUAGGCUUUGCUGAAAUCUCAUGAAGGUUUUUGUCGCGUAUUUUCUGAACAAAAUUCAGGUUGGCAAGGUGCCCCAUCUCGAAAACAGGACAAAACGCCACCAUCUUAAUGAACAACUCUUCUUCACAACAUGAAGGUAAUGAACAAGCAGCUGGUUCGCUGGUGGCGUGGAGCUUAGCAUACGGAUUGCUGGAUGUCGUCGUAAUACUUGGGAAUGUCAUAACGCUCCUUGUAUUCUUUAGGAAUAAAAAACUUUUGCGCACACGCGCAAAUUACUUCCUAAUAAAUCUAGCUAUAGCUGAUAUGAUGGUUGGUACAUUCGCCAUACCCAUGUACGUCUAUCAUUUGAUUUCCGCGUUGUAUAAUGGUGAAGGUGUCUGGAAACAGUUCAGCUCUAAGAUUUAUACGGCAGUUGAUGUUUUUGUCGGUUGUGCUUCAAUUUACACAUUAACAUUCAUCGCCUUAGAACGAGCAUUCUCUGUUUGUUUACCUCAGAUUCAUCGCCAUGCAAGAGUAAAGACUUAUUAUGGACUUCUAGGCUUGAUAUGGCUGCUGUCUAUUUUGGUAUCCUGUUUGCGGUUUCUGUAUGAGACAGACCUCCUUAAAUUGAAAUUUUUCUUCUAUGUUAUGCUGGUUUUAUUCUCUAUCGCCCUCUUGAUAAUCUGUAUCUCUUACGCUGUAAUAUGGUUCAAAAUGAAGUUCCGGUUCGCCAAUAGAGAGGGAAACAAACGUAAGAGGGAACAGGACAAGCGACUCGCCAUUUUGCUGUUUAUAGUGACUGUGGUGUUCGGUCUCACGUGGAUGCCAUUUCAAAUCAUAAAUAUUUUGGCGUUUUUCUGCUACCCGUGUAGGAAAAUGUCAAUCGAUGGUGUCAAUUUUGCAAAGUUCUUGCACUAUGGCAACUCUUGUGUUAAUCCUAUAAUAUACUCCUUUUUGGUUCCCGAGUUUAGGAAGACUGUUGCCAGUAUUUUUAGAAAACUAAGAAACAAUGACGAAACUGGAAUUUCGACGUUUGAAAUGCAUUCGGCUAAAACGUCUGAAGAAUUCUUUUGACGAAAACACAUUCAACAAUUAGAAGCGAAAGUAGGUGAACAGAAUCGUCCGAAAAAUGCCGUUGGACCCGAAUCAGUGAAGUGACAAGUUAAUUUUAUAAUGAGUCUUUGUAUUAACACGUAACGAAUAGACCUCUAGAGCCAUCCAUCAUGAUUUAUUCAAGAUAAUCAGCUGCAAAAAACUGUUUGACCUGCUACGAAAUAUGUUGUUAGACAAAGGCACGAAGGCUUACAGACAGCAUUAGCUGCUGAGUUCGUCAGAAACACAUUAAGGAAAGUAAAGGUUUCGAAAAUGGAUUCUGAUAACCUUAUCUUUCUAUACGAUACAUUAGGCAAAUUAACACCUAGCACAAUGUAAAUAAAGAUUGUUAUAAAAAUG